ACGUCGUUCCCUGUUUGCCCACGAGCUUGCAACCAGCCGUCUAUCCUCUCGACAUCGGCAUUUACAAUCAGGACUAUACCUUACCUCUUUGUGAUUGAUUCAUAUGAUGAAACACGACUUGAGAAAAAGUAACGCUCGCUCAAAAUUCGCCCACAAGCUGCGCGCUUGAUCAUCUAGGCACCUCCAGGCUGGCUACUGUCGCAAUUUUUUUUCUUUGUCUUCUUUCGAUGCCCAAGCGGUCACUCGGCAUCUGUAUUCCAACGGGAAAUUUCAUCCUGGGAUACCAUCUCUGUGUUUCACUUUCUUAGGAAGACUGUUGUUCAGCCACUACUCUCCUCUCCUUUGUCGACUUCUGAAAUCUCUUUGCGAUGUCGCAGUAUGCCUCGGGUCACGGGCAAUGGCCAUACGACCCUUCAGGUUUCUACCCUUACCCGACAAUUCCAUCGCAAACCCAGCAGCUUUCAACGCCGUACCAUAACACACCGAGCGAGCAAACUUCAUCCACCAGUUAUUUGACUUCUCAGAACUCGUUCGGUUACAACUCGACACAGAUACCAGGUCUCGGUUUUGGAGGUCCUUUGGCGUCUGCAAGCAACGGACCUACGCCGCAACCCCAUCAACAGUCAUGGAUACCUCCACCGCCACCUCCUGCAAAGGCAAACUACCAACAACAGAUUUCCACCAGUUCCGCAACUACUCUGCAGCCGGCAGAAACCUCAUCACAGCCAUCUCCUUUACCCAAACCACCCGUUCAAAAUACACAGGAGGUAAUGGAGGAAGGGGAGCUAUCCGACGCCGAUUUCGAUGAUUUAUAUGAUCCUCAGCCCGACGACGUCACCCAGGCACAAACCAGCAGCGUGAAUCAAAAACCACGGCCUGUUGACAAUGCCCGGCAAAACUCGUACUCGCCUCAUUUGUCUCCCAAUGAGGUCAGUCGGGCAGAAUUGCCCUCGACGGCAUUGAAUGGCUCGAGCCAGGGCAUGAGGCCAUCGCUACCUGGACUAGGCUUGCAAAAGAAUGCAGGUACUGUUGAAAAUGCACUGGCACAGCCCUUGGAGCCGGUCCCUCAAUUUAAAUCAGUCGAUGAGGCCAAAAAGGAAGCUCAAAAGGCUAUUUUGAGGCUCCUUCCUUUGGGCGUCAAAUAUCAGACCUACCUCGACGAGGGUUUUGAUGAGGCUACAGUCAAAUCUUUGUUUAACGAAUUGAACUUGCUCCCCCCUAACCUUCCUGUUAAACCUGCCGCGCAGCCUGUUAAACCGGCAAAGCCUGCGCCAACGACCGCAUCGGAUAGUAGCACGCCCGCACCGAAGGACAAGACAGAGGAGCGGAAGGAUCGCAUUGCGCGUUUGCUAGCUGCCAAGGCUGCCGCCAACAAACCAACUUCAGUCCCAGCGGCCUCGUCAAAGCCGGCGACGGCAUCUCCAGCCCCGACGCAAUCGCCAGUACCUGUGUCUGUGGCACCUCCCCCAGCAGCACCAACCGGACCCUCGAUUCCACGUGCACCAGCUGCCAUGCAGAACGCGCCGCCCCCAUCGGCCCCAACAGCACCUCUGGCUCUUCGGAAAGAAAUGGAUUCGGCUUCUGUUACCAAGCCAAAGUUCAAGGCGGACAAAGAGGCACUGCUCAAGAAGAAGCUUGAGGCACUCAAAUCACGCCAGGCACAGAAGCAGUUGGCAGCCACCGCUACACCACAGCCAACUAAACAACCCACGCCACCAGCAGUAGACUCUGGCCCCUCUAUCCCACGACCUUCCUCGGUUCCAUCGACGGUUAUUCCAACUGGCAGCACGGCUAAUCCAGUACUAAACACAUCCGUUGCUGCCCAACCACUACAUAUUGUCUCCAGCCCAUCCGUCUCGAACGCCGCACAGACAGGGACAAGGUCAUCUAUCCCGGGACUUUCAUUAUCUACGGCAAAUCUAGGGCCGAAUUCGUCGCGGAAACGACCGGUCGCAGCAGACUUUGUCGACUAUUCAGCGACUGUGGGUACACCAAAACGACCAUAUGGACAGCAUCGACAAGACUCUUUCGUGAUUGAUAUUAGCGAGGAUUCGGACGAUGACGUGGAGAUGGAAGUCGAUUCGCCCGGAGGUCACAGUGCGUCUUCCUCUUCACGGGUUGAGACUCCCAACCGGGGUCCCGUGGUUAGAGAUUUCCCGCCAUUAUCGGACGGAACACCGAGGAAGAACAUGACUAGAAGCAACUCAAACGUUCCACCUGCCAAGCUCAGUAGGCUUGAUAGUGAUAUUCUCAGGAUGCGUGCUAAAAUUGCAGCCGCAGAGGCAAAAAAGAGAAUGGCUGGAUCGGGCUCGCAAACGCCCGAUGUUACAACCUCGACCCCGGACUUUAAGGAGCCAUCCAGAGACCUUGCUGAGCAUAUUCGAAAUACAGCCCCCGGGCAAAGGGCUGUCUCCUCCAGCGAUGUUGAGAGUACAGACCUACCGUCUGCUCAGCUCAUCUCCGAAGCAGCCUCUGCGACUAUUUCUAGAUUUCCUGAACAAAUUCCACAGGGCGCCCAAUCCAAGCAUGGCUACGGUCAACUUGGUUCUUCAACAGCUCCACCAGUGCGCCCGGCUUCCCAGGCUAUUGCCGCAGACGGCGAUCGUCGCAUACGUAUUACCAGCGUGCAACUGCCAAAAAUCGAGGCGAAACUAUUGGAGAAGAAGACCAAGCUCAAAUUACUUGAGCAAAAGGCUGCUCAACUCAGACGCGAGAUCGAAACAGAGGCUGCUGAGAGGGAGAAGCUAGCAGAGGAGCUUCGGCAGUUAGAAGCUGAGCCCAUUGAUUCUGAUCUGCCUGGCGAGCCUGUUGUACCACAGCAGCCGGACGAGCAAGAACAGCUUCCUCAACCUGCUGAUGAAGCCCGCAAAUCCGCCGAAAAGUCCUCAACACAGAUUUCACAAACCGCUUCUUCGGCCCUUUCAGCUGACGCUGAAGAUGGUGAACCGAUGCAGUUGGACACGGGCAAGCCGACUGUCGAAGAUCUUGCGCCUGCUCAGGAGUCACCGAAAGAGAAGACAAUUGAACCGGCCACCACUGUCUCCGUCAACAAUAAAAACAGUAACGACGCGCUCAACGAUCAGGACUCAAUCACACAUAUCGCAAUUGCAGAUGCUCCGCUCGCAAGCAAAUCAUCCGAACCCGAAACCAGUGUCUCAGCAUCAAAGGAGUCCCCUCAAAUUGACAAUGUGAUGGCAUCCAGUACUUCCACUCCUGAAUCGGGUCAGGUCGACGAAAGCGCACCUCCAUCACCUAGAGAUACCAAUUCGGGCUCAACCUCAUCCGACGAGUCUCAGCUUCAUUUUGAAACAACGCCAGCCCCAGCCACAGAAACGAUCUCACGCGAGAGGGUCGAAGAAAGCUCACCAGACGUGCGAAUGAUUUCUGACGUCGUCAACGCCAACGACGACACGGAGCGCACGGUCGAUACCAAUGGAGAAGCCCCUACCGAUCCCAAAGAAGACGAAGUGCCCUCCUUCACCCCUUACGAGAGUCCAUUGACAUACUUCAGAUCGUACCGCUUCCAUCCGAAAUAUGCGGAAACUGUGACUGGUGGACUGAAAUCACUCACCUACACUAACAAGAUCAACCCAAAACAAGCAUUGUGUCUGAACGAACUCACCCAAAAGAAGUGCAACGAUCCAGAAUGUGGUUUCCAGCAUUUCAAAUCCAUGGUUCCCAGAGAUGAUCAAAUCCUGAUGGAGCUGGGUCAAGCGGAUGACUUUGCCGAUGGCGAGGAGAAGAGCAGGUUCAUUACUGGUCUCCGAGACCUGCUAGCCGAUUGCCGUGCCCAAAAGGUUCGCGACAUGGACGAAAUUGGCCGCGCCAUUAUAGAAUACCGACGCAAAUUCAUUGGAGACCAGUCGCGGGUCUUGACUAGCCUUCAAAACACCAAGAUCUGAACCAGAGCUAGUUGUUGAUGGUCUUGGCAACAAAGAAGAGCUGCAAGGGCUUUGGUUCUGGUAUAAUCGACAGACUGUUCGGUAGUUCUUUUUUUACGGUAAUCCUAACUGCAUACAGCGGCGCAGCUCCCGUGGCGACUGUGUCGCCGACGGGCAGGACCACCAUAACAUUGCACACUGUUGCUAUGGGUACCUGCGCACCGCACUAUGGCCGAUUUUCGGUCCUCCUCCCUCCCGUCGUACCCGGUGUACUAGGUCAUGCAGAGAAAUCGGGCUGUGGCUCAUUGAGCCCAGCAGUGGAUGAUUGUGCGAGAGAUCGUGCAUUGAUUGCAUCAGCAAGAGGAGGAAUUAAUCAUUUGGCAUUUGAACUCGGGUCCAGUAUCGAUAACCCUGCUAUUCCUGCCGGCGUUAUUUGUGCGUUCAGGUGAUGAGAGCACAAGAAAGAAUAGGAAGAAAGCGGGAACUAUACAAGAGACGGAAGCACCUGCAUCCAUGCCUCGGGCGAUGGGAGCUUAUGGGGGUGAUGCGAGAUGGAAAAAUGUUCGUCAAGAGGGGGAUAACAAGCAGGUUCAAGUGAACCAGUCGCCGCUUGAGUGUAUGAUUAUAACCAAGAGCUGGCUCCGCGAAAGACCUGUUCAGCAUCCGAAGCGAAGGGAUGUACGUUUCCGGGUAUGCAAGUAGGACAACCCUUCGAGGUCAGCAAUUGUUGUGGAUCAUGCAUCCCCAUGAUUCGACGACACUGGCCAGUUUUCUCAUUAUCGAAGUAAACAGCAGUUAGGGGGUGGCGGAUCCGGGAGGGGAUUCAUUUUUAUCUUUAUUUUUAUCUAUUACGAUGACUUAAGCGAGAAAUAUUUAAACAUAAAAGAGGAGGAAUAAUGUGUGGCGGACCAUGACAGCAAGUCAAUAAAUCAAUCAUUCAUUC